UUUCCCUCUAAUAAAAAAAAGCCCUUUUUGUAUCAGACGUCAUCCCCAAAUAGCUCUCCGACUGUUAGAUUCAGAGAAAACCUUACUCCGGCGAAGCUAACUCGCCGGCGGAGCUUGGAGAUGUUUCUUAUCCUAGCUAGCUUCUAACAGGGUAUGUCUGAUUUAAGGAAAGCCAAGGAGACAAGUGCAUCUAUGAGGAAACAUAUCGCUGGAGAAAUGUCGAAAGAGGUUGAAGAUAGACAGAGUAGUUCUAGUAACGUGGUUGCUAAACUAAUGGGUCUAGAGACAGCUGCGCCACGGCGGUGUGGUCAUGAAGCUGGAAGAAGCUGUGAUGGGAGCAUGAGUGAUUAUGCAAAGUUGGAUCUUGUUCGUCGAAAGUUCAUGGAAGCGAAGCGCCUGGUAACAGAGGGCAAGCCUCACAGGUCCAAGGAGUUUCAAGAAGCGCUUGAGUUUCUAAGUUCCAACAAAGAUUUAUUCGUCCAGGAACCAAACUCGUUGCAUCUUUCUGGCUUUCCUCCUCAUCCAGAGGCUAAGCGCAUUACGGUAUUGAGACCUUCAAAUGCUCAGAAAGAUACUAGGCAGAUUAAAAGAUGGGCUUCAACUCGAAUAGUUGUCUUGAAGCCUAGUCCCGGGAAGGCUCUUGAUAUAAAGGCUAUUGCUUCUUCGUCGCCUUCUUCCUGUUUUGACGAGGCUGUAGAAGAUGCUGAGACUAGACAAGUGGCUAAGGAAAUUACACGUCAGAUACGCGAGACGUUUAGGAACGACACUCUUUCUUCUUCUUCUGUCUUGUCCAGUGACUACAUCGGUGAUGAUGAUGGUUCGCUGAACAGGUGGAGCAACGAAUAUCCAGUGGGAAACAUUAGCAACUCUGAGAUCAUGUCGCCUCCUUUCUCUUCCUCAUCCUUCAGCCGAGUCUCGUUUUCUCCAGAGUCAUCAUCUGUCUACAGAGAGGCAAAGAGACGGCUUUCUGAGAGAUGGGCAAUGAUGUCACUAAACGGAGACACACAACAACAGAAAAGCCUCCCCAAGCCCUCAAAGGCCUUAGGCGACAUGCUUGCACUUUCAGAAACGAAGGCGCCAACCAGAUCCAGUGAAGAGAGCAACAAAGCGAAACAGGAGUCGAGAAGAUCUGUAGAUCAAGUCGAAAGCGGAAGCGGUUCUCCUCUGGAUACCCUUGAGAGGUCAAAACCAGUCCCUGAGACUAGACUCAAUGGUGCAACGUCGGUUUCAGGAACUUCAGAAGCACAAGCUCGCCGAGAGCUUACCGAGUCAAGAAGCUUAAAGUCAUCAUGGAAAGUUUCAAGCUUCUUCUUCUUCAGGAACAAAAAGGCAAACAAGGACAAGACAGAUGCUCUGUCUCGAUUGGCUAUGCCCACUGAUGCAUUACAACGACAAAGUAUUCUUACAAGCGAGGGAGAAGUGGCUACACCGAGUGAAAACCAGGACCAGCCGAGUCCAGUAUCGGUUUUACAGCCGCCUUUCGAAGAGGAAGUUGUGGGAAACACAGACACAGAAUGUUGUGGGUCAACAAAGCCAUGGACCAGUCAAGGAGAAGAAACGUCCCUGAAAUCUAGUCUGAUCGACAAAUCACCUCCGAUCGGAUCGAUCGCUCGGGUUUGCUCAUGGGAGGAUGAGUCAUACACAGACACAAGUAAAGCCGCAACGGGAAUCAAGGAAGAUGAAGACUGGUAUUACUUCAUCAAAGCGAUCUUGAAAGCAUCCGGUUUCAGCGGCGGCAGUGACCCGCUUAUGACCCGGUGGCACUCACCAGAUACCCCCUUGGACCCAUCAUUGAGAGACGCAUUUGCCAACAGAGAACUCAUCAAACGCAGGAAGCAGCGAUCAAACCGCAUGCUCGUGUUUGACUGCGUCAAUGCCAUCAUAACAGAGACAGCAUCAACAGCAGCAGGCACGGGUUUGGCCUCGGGGUUUGACAUGGUGGAACACGUUUGGACAGAGUUUAAGGGCUUGGCGCUUCAGGACUCUAACAGCCUGGAAGGAGAAUGUUUGGUGAGGGACGAGGUCGUCGGGAAACUGUGGAGUCGUAACCUGCAAGUCCAAGUGAACAACUUGGGGACUGAAAUCGAAGUGAUGUUGUUGCAAGAGCUUGUGCAAGAGGCAGUCUUGGAUCUUACUCGAUGAAACAAUGUACUGUAUAUAUACGAUGCAUUCAUACAGAUUUAUUAGUAAUGCAAGUGUUUUGCAUUCGCGAAACAUAUAUACAAAUCGUAGAUUAUGAAAUAGCUGAGCCGUUAUAUAUAAUAACAUUUACA